AUGGAAACAAUUUCUAUCAGUGAAUCUGCCAGAAUUCUGGGUGGAAUUGCACUUGGCUUUGCCCCUUGGCGCAGCUUACCCAGGCCGUAUUUAUCACUUUGGGGCGAGGAAAGCUUCCAACGGAUCGGAGUUCCUGGGUGCAGAACAAGAUUCUUCCUGAGAGAACUACAAAAGAAUGGACUCCGGGCAGAGAAAAAGUGAAUCCAAGGAAUGGAGUGGAAUAUAAGCAAUAACGCAAGAGGUAUGCAAAGCUGAUUUCCUGCAAAAAACAAAAAACCAAAAAAUAAUGGAUCUGAAUAUGAAGAGAAGAAGAUCUGCAGGUGAGGAAGAGGACACGAAGAGCUGGAGGCCAAGCAGCCCCCAGACCCUCGACCCAGCCGCCCUGCCCUGCCGAAGCAGCCUGCGGAACAACCCGCUCGGGCCGCUGGGGGGCCUGAGAGCCGCAGCCCCGGACCUGGCGGCCAGGGCGCCAGCCCUUCAUGUUCCGAAGAGGGCGCAGAUGUGAUGUCAUGCCCAUUGUUUUGGUGCGCCCAGCCAAUCGGACUCGCCGCCUCGAUUCUACCGGAGCCGGCAUGGGCCCUUCCUCGCACCAGCAGCCGGAGUCCCCGCUCCCGACCAUAACGCAUUGCGCAGGGUGCACCACCGCCUGGUCUCCCUGCAGCUUUAACAGCUCUGACAUGGAAACCCCAUUGCAGUUCCAGCACGGCUUCUUCCCAGAGCAGCUGCCGCCGCCGCGCUCCUCACACCUGCAUUGCCAGCAGCAGCAGCAGCAGCAGCAGAGCCAGGACAAGCCGUGCCCGCCCUUCGCGCCCCUCCCGCACCCGCACCACCACCCGCACCUCGCGCACCCGCCGCCCGGCAGCAGCGGCAGCAGCCCAUGCCUCCGGUGCAACAGCUGCGCCUCCUCCGGGGCCCUGGCGGCGGGGGCGGGGGCGGGGGAUAACCUGUCCCUGCUGCUCCGCACCUCCUCGCCCGGCGGCGCCUUCCGGACCCGCACCUCCUCUCCUCUGUCGGGCUCGUCGUGCUGCUGCUGCUGCUCCUCGCGCCGGGGCAGCCAGCUCAAUGUGAGCGAGCUGACGCCGUCCAGCCAUGCCAGUGCGCUCCGGCAGCAGCCCGCGCAGCAGCCCGCGUCCGCCUCCCAGUACCACCAGUGCCACAGCCUGCAGCCCGCCGCCAGCCCCACGGGCAGCCUCGGCAGCCUGGGCUCCGGGCCGCCGCUCUCGCACCACCAUCACCACCACCCCGCGCACCCGGCGCACCACCAGCCUCACCAGUCCCAGGCGCGGCGCGAGAGCAACCCUUUCACCGAAAUAGCCAUGAGCAGCUGCAGGUACAACGGGGGCGUCAUGCGGCCGCUCAGUAACUUGAGCGCGUCCCGCCGGAACCUGCACGACAUGGACUCGGAGGCGCAGCCCCUGCAGCCCCCCGCGCCCGUCGGAGGUGACGCGUCCUCCCCGUCCGCAGCCGUCGGGGCCGCCGCCUCGUCCUCAGCCCCGGAGAUCGUGGUGUCGAAGCCCGAGCACAACAACUCCAACAACCUGGCGCUCUACGGAGCGGGCGGCGGAGGCAGCACCGGAGGUGGCGGCGGCGGCGGCAGUGGGCACGGCAGCAGUAGUGGCACCAAAUCCAGCAAAAAGAAGAACCAGAACAUUGGCUACAAGCUGGGCCACCGGCGUGCCCUGUUUGAGAAGCGCAAGCGGCUCAGCGACUAUGCGCUCAUCUUCGGCAUGUUCGGCAUCGUGGUCAUGGUCAUCGAGACCGAGCUGUCGUGGGGCGCCUAUGACAAGGCGUCGCUGUACUCCUUAGCUCUGAAAUGCCUUAUCAGUCUCUCCACGAUCAUCCUGCUUGGUCUGAUCAUCGUGUACCACGCCAGGGAAAUACAGUUAUUCAUGGUGGACAAUGGAGCAGAUGACUGGAGAAUAGCCAUGACUUAUGAGCGUAUUUUCUUCAUCUGCUUGGAAAUACUGGUGUGUGCUAUUCAUCCCAUACCUGGGAAUUACACGUUCACAUGGACGGCCCGGCUUGCCUUCUCCUAUACCCCUUCCACUACCACUGCUGAUGUGGACAUUAUUUUAUCUAUACCAAUGUUCUUAAGACUCUACCUGAUUGCCAGAGUCAUGCUUUUACAUAGCAAACUGUUCACUGAUGCCUCCUCUAGAAGCAUUGGAGCACUUAAUAAGAUAAACUUCAAUACACGUUUUGUUAUGAAGACUUUAAUGACUAUAUGCCCAGGAACUGUGCUCUUGGUUUUUAGUAUCUCAUUAUGGAUAAUUGCCGCAUGGACUGUCCGAGCUUGUGAAAGGUACCAUGAUCAGCAGGAUGUUACUAGCAACUUUCUUGGAGCAAUGUGGUUGAUUUCAAUAACAUUUCUGUCCAUUGGUUAUGGUGACAUGGUACCUAACACAUACUGUGGGAAAGGCGUCUGCUUGCUCACAGGAAUUAUGGGUGCAGGUUGCACAGCCCUGGUGGUAGCUGUAGUGGCAAGAAAGCUAGAACUUACCAAAGCAGAAAAGCAUGUGCACAAUUUCAUGAUGGAUACUCAGCUGACUAAAAGAGUGAAAAAUGCAGCUGCCAAUGUACUCAGGGAAACAUGGCUAAUUUACAAAAAUACAAAGCUAGUAAAAAAGAUAGAUCAUGCAAAAGUAAGAAAACAUCAGCGAAAAUUCUUGCAAGCUAUUCAUCAAGCUCGGAAAUUACGAAGUGUAAAAAUGGAGCAGAGGAAACUGAAUGACCAAGCAAAUACCUUGGUGGAUCUGGCAAAGACCCAGAACAUCAUGUAUGACAUGAUUUCCGACUUAAAUGAAAGGAGUGAAGACUUCGAGAAGAGGAUUGUUACCCUAGAAACAAAAUUAGAGACACUGAUCGGUAGCAUCCAUGCCCUCCCUGGGCUCAUAAGCCAGACCAUCAGACAGCAGCAGAGAGAUUUCAUUGAAGCUCAGAUGGAGAACUAUGAGGAGCACAUCACCUACAAUGCUGAGCGGUCCCGGUCCUCAUCCAGGAGGCGGAGGUCCUCCUCUACAGCGCCACCAACUUCAUCAGAGAGUAGCUAGAAGAGAAUAAGUUAACCACAAAAUAAGACUUUUUGCCAUCAUAUGGUCAAUAUUUUAGCUUUUAUUGUAAAGCCCCUAUGGUUCUAAUCAGCGUUAUCCGGGUUCUGAUGUCAGAAUCCUGGGAACCUGAACACUAAGUUUUAGGCCAAAAUGAGUGAAAACUCUGUUUUUUCUUUCAGAUGCACAGGGAAUGCACCUAUUAUUGCUAUAUAGAUUGUUCCUCCUGUAAUUUCACUAACUUUUUAUUCAUGCACUUCAAAGAAACUUUACUACUACAUUAUAUGAUAUAUAAUAAAAAAAGUUAAUUUCUGCACA